AUGGAGACGUUCUUCGACGACCACGAGCACAAUCUCCGACCUACCGACGAAGCCGGAGCCUGGAUCACACUCACAGGGAGAGGCCCCGAAGCCCACCUCGAACCAGACAUCACCACGGAAGUCGAAACGACUCCCCAUCCCCUGAACGACGGCGACCUCAGCAUCAUCACCAUACUCACCAUACCCAUCAUCGAGACCACGCGGCUCGGCCACGUCGCCAAGGCAGCAGUUGACGCCGCCGCCAUCGAGGCCAUUCGCCAGCGACACCAACCCGGCCCGUGGACAGGCAGCAAGGGGGCCCGCGUCGCGACGGCCGCUGUCGGCGCCGCUGUGACCGACCAUGUCAUUGACAAGGAUCCAAACAAAGGCAAGCGGCACUUGGUGGAAUCUACAUUGGGAGGGCUCUUGGCCAACCGACUCAUUAAUGGAUCUCGGGACGAAGCGAAGCGUCGAGAGUCUGGACACCUGCGGAGAUGA